GGGUCUUCCCUACUGGAGUCGCCCCCUCCCCCGGCCGGUCCGCAGCCCCGCCCCGGCCCCUCCCUCCGGCCUGUGCGGCUAGUCCGGCGGCGGCGCCGGCGCGGGGACAGGCGGAGGCGCGGGCAGGGCCGGGCGGACGGGCGCUGGCAGCAGUAGCAGCGCCGCGGGCCCUUCAGAGUGGCCGCAGUCCAGGCUUUGCCCUCGCAUCCUGUUCCAACGCGGAAAGGACCCCUCUGGUUCUCCUGUAGCCUGAGCCCUGCCUGGAGGACCCCAGGCCCCUCCCUGGUUCUGACCUCCUCCCUUCUGGAAUUGGCUUCAGAUCCUGGGCUGCAAACCUGCAGGGACAGAUGGUUGCAGGUUGGAGGGGCAGGCUGCACCCCAGGGAGAGGCUGGUGUGAGUGGCAGGAGCCAUCUGUGGGCACCAUGGCAAAGAGGGAGGACAGCCCUGGCCCAGAGGUCCAGCCAAUGGACAAGCAGUUCCUGGUAUGCAGCAUCUGCCUGGAUCGGUACCAGUGCCCCAAGGUUCUUCCUUGCCUGCACACCUUCUGUGAGAGAUGUCUCCAAAACUAUAUCCCUGCCCAGAGCCUGACGCUAUCCUGUCCAGUAUGCCGGCAGACGUCCAUCCUCCCAGAGCAGGGCGUCUCGGCACUGCAGAACAACUUCUUCAUCAGCAGCCUCAUGGAGGCAAUGCAGCAGGCACCUGAUGGGGCCCACGACCCGGAGGACCCCCACCCCCUCAGUGCAGUGGCUGGCCGCCCUCUCUCCUGCCCCAACCAUGAAGGCAAGACGAUGGAGUUUUACUGUGAGGCCUGUGAGACGGCUAUGUGUGGUGAGUGCCGCGCCGGGGAGCAUCGUGAGCAUGGCACAGUGCUGCUGAGGGAUGUGGUGGAGCAGCACAAGGCGGCCCUGCAGCGCCAGCUUGAGGCUGUGCGUGGCCGAUUGCCACAGCUGUCCGCAGCAAUUGCCUUAGUCGGGGGCAUCAGCCAGCAGCUGCAGGAGCGCAAGGCAGAGGCCCUGGCCCAGAUCAGUGCAGCCUUCGAGGACCUGGAGCAAGCACUGCAGCAGCGCAAGCAGGCUCUGGUCAGCGACCUGGAGACCAUUUGUGGAGCCAAACAGAAGGUGUUGCAAACCCAGCUGGACACACUGCGCCAGGGUCAGGAACACAUCGGCAGUAGCUGCAGCUUCGCAGAGCAGGCACUGCGCCUGGGCUCUGCCCCGGAGGUGUUGCUGGUGCGCAAGCACAUGCGAGAGCGGCUGGCGGCAUUGGCGGCACAGGCCUUCCCGGAGCGGCCACACGAGAAUGCACAGCUGGAACUGGUCCUUGAGGUGGACGGUCUGCGGCGAUCGGUGCUCAAUCUGGGAGCACUGCUCACCACGAGCGCCACUGCACACGAGACGGUGGCCACGGGAGAGGGCCUGCGCCAGGCGCUAGUGGGUCAGCCUGCCUCGCUCACUGUCACUACCAAAGACAAGGACGGGCGGUUGGUGCGCACAGGCAGCGCUGAGCUGCGUGCAGAGAUCACCGGCCCGGACGGCACGCGCCUUCCGGUGCCAGUGGUGGACCACAAGAAUGGCACAUAUGAGCUAGUGUACACAGCGCGCACGGAAGGCGAGUUGCUCCUCUCAGUGCUGCUCUACGGACAGCCAGUGCGCGGCAGCCCCUUCCGCGUGCGUGCCCUGCGUCCUGGGGACCUGCCACCUUCCCCCGACGAUGUGAAGCGCCGUGUCAAGUCCCCUGGCGGCCCCGGCAGCCAUGUGCGCCAGAAGGCAGUGCGUAGGCCCAGCUCCAUGUACAGCACAGGCGGCAAACGAAAGGACAAUCCAAUUGAGGAUGAGCUCGUCUUCCGUGUUGGCAGUCGUGGAAGGGAGAAAGGUGAAUUCACCAAUUUACAAGGUGUGUCAGCAGCCAGCAGCGGCCGCAUCGUGGUAGCAGACAGUAACAACCAGUGUAUUCAGGUUUUCUCCAAUGAGGGCCAGUUCAAGUUCCGUUUUGGGGUCCGAGGACGCUCACCUGGGCAGCUGCAGCGCCCCACAGGUGUGGCAGUGGACACCAAUGGAGACAUAAUUGUGGCAGACUAUGACAACCGUUGGGUCAGCAUCUUCUCCCCUGAGGGCAAGUUCAAGACCAAGAUUGGAGCUGGCCGCCUCAUGGGCCCCAAGGGAGUGGCCGUAGACCGGAAUGGACAUAUCAUUGUGGUCGACAACAAGUCUUGUUGCGUCUUUACCUUCCAGCCCAAUGGCAAACUGGUUGGCCGUUUUGGGGGCCGUGGGGCCACUGACCGCCACUUUGCAGGGCCCCAUUUUGUGGCUGUGAACAACAAGAAUGAGAUUGUAGUAACGGACUUCCAUAACCAUUCAGUGAAGGUGUACAGUGCCGAUGGAGAGUUCCUCUUCAAGUUUGGCUCCCAUGGCGAGGGCAAUGGGCAGUUCAAUGCCCCCACAGGAGUAGCUGUGGACUCCAAUGGAAACAUCAUUGUGGCUGACUGGGGCAACAGCCGCAUCCAGGUAUUCGACAGCUCUGGCUCCUUUCUGUCCUAUAUCAACACAUCUGCAGAACCACUGUAUGGUCCACAGGGCCUGGCACUGACCUCGGAUGGCCAUGUGGUGGUGGCUGAUGCUGGCAACCACUGCUUUAAAGCCUAUCGCUACCUCCAGUAGCUGCACAGAGGCCCUGCCUGGCUUGUGGAGGGACAGACAUUGGGGUGAUUGGACAAGAGGGUCUGGCUGGGAGGUGGGCCAGACCUGGCAGCACUGAAUGUGGGCUGUGGGCAUGGGUGCGCCCAGUGCCCUCCCUCUCCUACCCCCACCCCCACGGUUGCACUUUAUUUAUUCGGUUCUUGCUUUGGUGACUGGGUGAGCCUGGACUGUGGUCCCAAGGAUGUAUGCAGAGCUUCACCGUACCCUUCUUACACACCUCCCCACCCCUCUCAGUCUGCUCCCCAUCCCCCAGCCUGGGGCCAGAACAGCCUACUCCACGACAGAAGUCCCUCUAGUUGUCUCCCUACCACCCUAUACACACUGACAGAGACAGCAAUACCCCACCCCCCAUAUGAAAUAAAUGUCUUCACCAAGA